GCUCCGAGCGCUGCAGUUUCAGGGCGAUCUUGCGCUCGUGUCCGGCGGGGCUGGGCCGGUUCGUGUUCCCGGCGGCCUCCCGCUUGGAGCGGCCCUUCCGGCUGCACCCGCCCGGCACUGGGGGGAGACGGGGACCCAACAGGCAACACGCCCUUGUUCCCAUCUCGCCCCGAACGAGAAGACAAAGGCGCAUGCGUGGGAGACCCUCGCACACCCGGAAACUACAUGUCCCAAGAGGCUCCGCACUACUGCGAGCAUGCGCAGUGCGUUCCUUUCGCCUCGCACCGCCCCGGAGCCUCCGCGCUGUCGCCAGCGCCUCCCACGAUCCUCGUCCGGCCACGCCACCAUGGCUCUGGUGUCGGCUGACUCGCGCAUUGCGGAGCUGCUGGGGGAGCUGCACCAGCUCAUCAAACAGACGCAGGAGGAGCGAUCGCGGAGCGAGCACAACCUAGUCAACAUCCAGAAAACACAUGAGCGGAUGCAGACAGAGAACAAGAUCUCCCCGUAUUACCGGACCAAGCUUCGUGGACUCUAUACAACUGCCAAAGCUGAUGCGGAGGCUGAGUGCAACAUCCUACGCAAGGCGCUGGACAAGAUCGCGGAGAUCAAAUCCCUUCUGGAGGAGCGGCGCAUUGCUGCCAAGAUCGCUGGGCUCUACAACGACUCCGAGCCGCCCCGCAAGACCAUGCGCCGCGGCGUCCUCAUGACCCUCCUCCAGCAGUCGGCCAUGACGCUGCCCCUGUGGAUCGGCAAGCCCGGGGACAGGCCGCCCCCGCUCUGCGGCGCUAUCCCCGCUGCCAGUGAUUACGUGGCCAAGCCGGGGGACAAGGUGGCAGCUCGCGUCAAGGCUGUGGACGGGGACGAGCAAUGGAUCUUGGCCGAGGUGGUGAGCUACAGCCAUGCCACCAACAAGUACGAGGUGGAUGAUAUCGAUGAAGAAGGCAAAGAGCGUCACACCCUGAGCCGCCGCCGCAUCAUCCCGUUGCCCCAGUGGAAGGCGAACCCUGAGACAGACCCCGAGGCGCUGUUCCAGAAGGACCAGCUGGUGCUGGCGCUGUAUCCCCAGACCACCUGCUUCUACCGGGCCCUGAUCCACGCCCCACCCCAGCGGCCCCAGGACGACUACUCGGUGCUCUUUGAGGACACGUCCUACGCGGACGGCUACUCCCCGCCCCUCAACGUGGCCCAGAGAUACGUGGUGGCCUGUAAGGAGACCAAGAAGAAGUGAGGGGGGGGGAGCUCGGGGGCGCCCUGUUUAAACAAUCCCACCUGCAAUGACACAUCCUGCUCUUUGAACUGCGCAGAAAGCCCUGGCACACCAAGAAAUGAACGGAGCUGACGUUUCACAGUGAUUCACCGGAUUAUAAAACAGCCCCAACACCAGGACAAUCAUCCCAAGACAGUUGGUUUCACACUUCCCACAUAAGGAAGUGAUCAGUAAAGUAAGAAACAUUCUGUAUUGUGCAUAAGCGGAGUCAAUGUCAAAUAGAAACAGAAGUUUCAGUAAAUAUUAAUUUAAAUUGAAAGACAAACUUUACCAUACGAAAUCCUAUGGGAGGGGCUGAUUUUAUAAAGAACAUUAGA